GGUUGGGGGGGGGGAGGAGAGAGCGCAGCCAGCGCGAGGCCCCGGCGGCGGCGGCGGCGGCGCGAGGCGGCGGCGCGGCCCUCCCUCAGCUUAGCUCAGCUGCGUGAAAUAUGGGAGACGACAGGCCGUUUGUGUGCAAUGCCCCCGGCUGUGGACAGAGGUUUACAAACGAGGACCACCUGGCGGUUCAUAAACACAAGCAUGAGAUGACAUUGAAAUUCGGCCCUGCUCGAACCGACUCAGUCAUCAUAGCAGAUCAGACUCCGACCCCAACUCGCUUCUUGAAGAACUGCGAAGAAGUGGGACUCUUCAACGAGCUGGCCAGCUCCUUCGAGCACGAGUUCAAGAAAGCCGCCGAGGAUGACGAGAAAAAGAGCGCCGGAGCCCUGGACAUGUCACUGCCGUCAACGCCGGACAUCAAAAUAAAGGAGGAAGAGCCGGUUGAGGUGGACUCUUCGCCUCCGGACAGCCCCGCGUCUAACCCGCAGUCCCCCCGAAACAAGGAGAAGGAGAUCCCCUCAAAACCUGUAAUCAUUUCUACACCUACCCCGACCAUCGUGCGUCCGGGCUCGCUGCCGUUGCACUUGGGCUACGACCCGCUCCACCCGACGCUGCCUUCCCCGACCUCUGUCAUUACCCAGGCACCACCAUCCAACAGACAGCUAGGGUCUCCCACAGGUUCCCUUCCACUUGUCGUGCAGCUUGCAAAUGGACAGACCAUGCCUGUGCUCCCAGGCCCUCCUGUACAGAUGCCUUCUGUCAUAUCGCUGGCUCGGCCGAUGUCCAUGGUGCCUAACAUUCCCGGUAUUCCUGGGCCACCCAUCAACAGCAGCGGGUCCAUUUCACCAUCAGGCCUUCCAGUGCACUCAGAAGCCAAAAUGAGGCUGAAGGCCAGCUUGACACAUCAGACGUCUUCCUCACUGAAUGGCAGCAACCUGGUGGUGGGCUCAGCCAGCACGAUGGUGACUGCACGUCCGGAGCAGAGUCAGAUACUUGUCCAGCACCCGGAUGCCCCUUCCCCAGCUCAGCCACAGGUUUCCCCUGCCCAGCCCACACCCAGCACCGGCGGGCGGCGGAGGCGCACGGUUGACGAAGACCCGGACGAGCGCCGGCAGCGGUUCCUGGAGCGGAACCGGGCCGCGGCGUCCCGGUGCCGUCAGAAACGCAAGCUCUGGGUGUCUUCCUUGGAGAAGAAAGCCGAGGAGCUCACGACCCAAAACAUCCAGCUGAGCAACGAAGUUACGCUACUGAGGAACGAAGUUGCUCAACUUAAACAGCUCCUGCUGGCUCACAAGGACUGCCCCGUCACUGCACUACAGAAGAAGACACAGGGCUAUCUCGAAAGCCCGAAGGAGAGCUCGGAGCCCACCGGCUCCCCGGCUCCCGUCAUCCAGCGCGGCUCCGUGACGGCCUCGCCCAACGGGCUCAGCGUGCGCUCGGCGGCCGAGGCGGUCGCCACGUCGGUCCUCACCCAGAUGGCGAGCCAAAGGACAGAACUGAGCGUGCCGCUCCAGUCGCACGUCAUCAUGGCUCCACAGUCGCAGUCUGCGGGCAGAUGAUGCCGCCGCCGCCGCCGCCUCGUGCGUGUGACACCCACCCCCCUCCCCUCCGCCCCGAACUAACCGCCAGCUCGUCCAGCCGGAGAGACUGACCCCGACUCGGCCCCUGACGAGCGGGGGGCGGACGGGUUAUUUUUGUUGUUGUUGUUGUUUUCUGGGUUUUUUUUUUUUUUUCUUCCUCUCUUUUUUUUUUUAAGUGAGUUAAGGGCAGCUACGGCGCUUCUUACACCGCGUAUCCUAUACAGAGCCCGGCCCCCCAUCCCCUUCCCCGAACCGCUGCCGCGCCGGUCCCUGCGGGACGGCGGCGCCUUCAGCGCUUUCCCCAUCCCAUCGCCGACGAGCAGGCGAGUUGCCGACCCGCCCGCGCCCAAAAAGCCCCCAAAGAGAGGUUCGCUUCCAGGUACCGGCCACGUUAACACUAACCCCGCGCGCCCGACUCCGCGCGAUUCCUCGGCUCCGCCGCCGCGCGUCUCGGCCGAGAAAACCCUCCCGUUCGGCGGGCCGCGUUUCGGAAGCGGGGCCGGGGGGGGAGGGGGGGGGGAAGCUCUCGGCCUCCCCCCGCCGCCGCCACCAUCGUCUUCCUUUCCUCCGCCGGAGGCUCCUCGCCCACCUCAGGUUGCACUCGCCACUUUGGACGCAAGUUUGCUCGUCGAAGCGAUUCUUUGGCUUCCCUAGGGACAGCAAAACCCAAAGCAAAAAAACCUAAGCAAGGAAUCCGAGCCCUCCGCUGCGGAAGGUGAAAGCUCGGAGGUUCGUUCCCCCGCCGCCGACGGGAUCCGUCUUCCCUUCCUCUCUCCUCCUCCUCCUUUCUCAGGUUUCCCCAGCGCUCUCGGCCCCGGCGGCACGGGCGGCUCCCGGGGUUUCGGUGCCUUAACGCGGCGCCGCUCGCUCGCGCUCCCGCCGCUCCGGCGCCUCCGGAGCCGCCUUUUCACCCGUGCGAAGCCGGUUUCUGGAGCGGCUUUGCCUUG